CGAAGUAUCUUACCACAUUCCGGGCUCACAGCCACAGUUAUAUGCGGCUUCAUAUGCCGCUUUGAGUUUGACAACAUCCGGAUCUCAAACGUGUGUAUUGACUAAAUCGCUUAAAGUUUCAUCGAACUCGAUCUGGGUUUCACGCUGACUGAGCUUGCAUUUUUAACUGAAAAACGUGUACGACAUACAUUGAAGAGAAUUGAAAACUUCUCGCCGGAAUAAACGAAUGAGCGUUUUGCUACCACGAGAUCACGUAUGGUGUAAAUUUCACUACAAAAGAAACACGAAUGAAUAUUGAUAGCCUCAGUUAUACCCAGACCAUUAUGAAAACGUAUUAGCUCGCAAGGGUGAUUUUAUCGCCGGUUUAAAUCUCAUCCUAACCUGCUCAAGUUGUGACCUUCUGUUUCGACGUGUAAUUCAGCUUAGCGACGCAAAGUUAUUUUUUCGAUUACAAGGAACUACGCCACUUCGACCACUGAGCCGACCUUCCUUUGCUUAAUGCUACGGUCUCUGGAACAUAUCAACUUAGAAAGCAAACAACAGCGACGAACGUAAAAUCCGAAAGGGCAUUCUUUUGGAGUUGGCGUGACCGAAUCUUGACAUGAACAUGCGAACGAAUUUUUUUGCCUCAUUUCGUAGAGGUAUUCUUCUAUUGCUGGCGUGGCUGACUAUCAAUUACAAAGGCGUGACAUCGACCUCAUGCCAAUCCCAACCAUGUCUCUACUUUAGCAACAGUCGCGCUCUCCAAGCGAUAGAUAUCAGCUCCUCCAACUUGUACUCAGUUGUAUCAAACCUCGACUCUAUUGAUGCGGUCGACGUGCAUGUGAGACUGAAUUUGGUGUACUGGAGCGAGCGUCGGCCAAACGCCAUAAAGAGGCUCAACAUUACUAGCGGAAAAGUAGAGAACGUCUCAACAGACAGCAACAUAGGUCAGAUCAAAGGUAUUGCGGUGGAGUGGGAGAGUGGACUAAUUUAUUGGACUGAUUACACUAAUCGGCGGAUUGAAGUAGCCCAGUUGGACGGGAAGAACAGACGGAUCUUGAUCAGUAAAGAUAUAAGAAAUCCUCUUGGAAUAGCUGUUGAUCCACGUAAGGGGUACAUGUUUUGGUUAACCGGGGGACUUCAAAGGAAAAUCGAGAGAGCUUCUUUGGCUGGUGAAGAUCGGAAAACCUUGGUCAAUCUUGGGACCUCACUUUUUUACGUUCCAAAUGGGAUGACCAUCGAUUUUCAAGCAAACCGUAUUUAUUAUCUUGAAAGGGGAUUUUUUAGUAGGAAACUGGAAAGCAUUGACUUCGAUGGAAACACCCGACAACAAUUUAUGUCCCUCUCGUCUGCUCGUUAUCCUUAUGAUAUUGUAUUGCUAAGCGGCGUGUUUUACGUAUCUGACGCGCGCGGCAACAAAAUCCACAAGAUCGAGAAGUCCACAAAGAGAUCUCUUGGAAACUACGCGGGUCUUGGUUUCAGUAAUCUUCAGGGGCUUGGUAUGUUCUCUUCCCUGCGACAACCUAAAGGUAGUUCCGCUUGCCAGAACAAUAGUGGAUGCAGCCACCUCUGUCUGCUAUCACCAGCAGGGAGCCAAUGCGCAUGCCCAAUAGGAAGCGUUUUAAAGCCUGACGGGAAGACGUGUGAUGAUUCAGCGUCCAAACUUCUCCUGUUUGUUGAUAAAACACAACGAGGACUCUAUCAAAUCCCAUUGGGAGCAUCAAUUUCAAAGGAGGCCAUGGCGCUCCCGCUAGACAAUGUUAGGAGACCUGUAGGGGUUGAUUUUGAUCCCGUUAAUAGAUACGUCUACUGGUCUGACAGCCACAGAGACGUAAUUUCCCGAGUGCAUUUGAAUGGAAGCGCACAGGAGAAAGUGGUGGAUCGUUUGAGAACACCUAAUGGCAUUGCGAUAGACUACAUUGCGAGAAAUCUGUAUUGGACAGAUGAGGGGUCAAACAGAAUUGAAGUGUCCAAGUUGGACGGCUCCUUCAAAAAGGCCCUGGUGUAUAGUGAUCUUUGGGAUCCACUUGACAUUGUGCUUGACGUGGAGAAAGGAUACAUGUAUUGGAGUCAGGAAGGGAGUUCAUCCAUAGAUACCAAAAUAGAACGAGCUGACAUGGAUGGAAUGAACAGAAUUGUCGUCAAAAGCUGGAAUUAUUACUCUCAUAACAUUAGGUCUCCAAAUGGCCUCGCCCUCGAUAAAGAGCAAAAUCGUCUGUAUUAUUUCGACGAUCACACACGCCGUAUCUACUAUGUUUCGUUGAGUACUGGAAGAGAAAGCACCUUAUUGGACAGAACGGGUUAUCCCAAGGGAACAGUGGUACAUGGAAGUUAUAUUUACUGGACAGAGACACAGGGACGGAGUGGUGCGGUCUACAGGGCUGAUAAGAAGUCAGGACGAAAUGUUGAGAGGGUGGUAAGCGGCCUAAUUGGGCCUGAAGAUAUCUGCGUGUACGAUGCAAACGACACAUUGCUCCAAAAAAUGAAAUCAAACUGUAGCAGGAACAAUGGAGGUUGCAGCCAUUUAUGUUUGCUCACUCCAGAUGGGCAUCGAUGUGCAUGUCCAAAUGAAAUGAAUUUGAAGCCCGAUGGAAAAACUUGUCAUUUUAGCGAGUUUUUGCUUUUUGCCGACUCAACAAGGAAAAAGAUAUACCUAAUUAAUAUCGACAACCAGCAUUCGGAAAUAGUUCCCCUGGAACUAGAUAAUCUCCAAGAGCCCGAAGCAUUGGACUUUGACCCGCAGACUCACUCCAUUUAUUGGUCUGACCUGCAGCUCCGUCAAAUAGCACGUGCUAAUCCUGACGGAAAAUCAAAGGCGAUCGUUGUUAGCAGCGGUAUUCAACGACCCAGAGGCAUUGCAGUUGACUAUGCUGGAAGAAAUCUGUAUUGGACAGACUAUGACGCCAACAGGAUUGAAGUCGCAAAACUUGACGGAUCACAGAGGAAGGUUUUAAUCUCUCGAAACAUUGAGAAACCCGUGGACAUUGUUUUAGACUUGGAAAAUGGUCUUAUGUACUGGUCGUCGUGGAGUAAUAGAGAGGCUAAGAUAGAGCAAGCAUCCAUGGACGGAAGCAAUAGGAGUACUGUUGUGCUAUUUCUACGAAGCUGGUGGCAUCGUCCCGCAAACCCUAAUGGAUUAGCUUUGGAUCCCGAAACUAGCAGGCUCUACUGGGUUGACACGACUAAAUCUCUGAUACAGUACACAGACCUUGGACUAGGCGAUGGUUCUAUAACUACUCUCCCUGUUCCAAGUUACUACCUAACAAAUGCCUAUGGGCUGACUUUGAAAGAAAAUACGCUGUAUUGGAGCACCUCCGGAUCCAUUUAUGCGGCAGACAAAAAGACGGGCGGUAACGUGCGUCGUUUAGUGAGGAAUAUGGCGAGUCCUCGAGAUGUUCACGCAUAUCAUAACUAUUCAGCAAUUCCAGGUGAUCACCCUUGCUCUUUGUUCAAUGGAUGGUGCACACAUCUUUGUCUGUUGAAACCAGGAGGGUAUCAGUGUGCGUGUCCAACUGACACCGGAGGUAUUCCCUGCAAGACUACACCUGUUAUUCCACCUUCGUCUUCAUUAUCCUCUUUGCCUUCGCGGUCGCCGUCGCCAUCGCCAUCAUCAUCGCCAUUAUUAAAAUCGUCUUUCUCAUCUACGUCACCUUCCAUAUUACCUUCUUCAACAUCGUCAAAGUCACCACCACAAUUAGCUUCUCCAUCUUCAUCAUCAUUGCAAACGCAAAAGUGGUCGUCUUUGCCGUCACCAUCAGUUUUUAUAUUACCCUUAACUUUAUUGCAUACCUUACCACGAGAAUCACCAUCGUAUCUUUCCCCAACAUCAUCAUCUCCGCUGUCAACAUCCCUUGUAUCAUCAUCACAUACUUCCGUGAUACCAACUUUACAACCCCCGGUUGAUGCUUGUAUGUCAAAUCCAUGUAAAAAUGGCGGUACAUGUCUCAAGGGAAAUAAGGGCAGCUAUACCUGUCGGUGUUCCCAAGGAUAUACAUGGCCUCAUUGCGAGCUUUAUAUUGCCGACAAUAAUGUGAGUAUAGCAUUCGAAAUGAAGACAGCUCAAUGGAAUCAAGAUACUUUUAGGAAGAGCAUUGCAAAAGCAUUUACUGAGUACUGUACAGGAGACCAACGCCCUUGUAAACUUCACAAAAGGCUGAACGAAAUCACAACCCGAUCGGCAUCAACCCAUGACGAUAUCAAUGUUUUCCGUCCUGAGGACGUGUUAGUACUCGGCAGGCACUCUGGAGGACAUCAACGCUUAUUUAGCAUCGUCCUAGCAGUGCUGGUACCUGAAGAAGAACAACACCAAUCAUCUCCAAGACAAACCAUCUCAGCUGCUCUUCUUUGUCAAAUGGUAGUAAAAACGUCAAAACUUAUUUCAGAAUAUAUGGAUAACGUUGAAAUAGUCUUGAUCAAUGGUGAAAAGGAGCCAUCUUGUGCAUCUAACCCAGGGGAAGAUGGUGAAAACGAGAGCCAAAACGAAAAAAUCACCGGGAGUAAAGAAAGAAACGUGGAUGGUCAACAUGAAGAAAGGUUAUCUUCCGGUGCUACGGCUGGAAUUGUAUUGGGCAUUAUUGUAGUUAUCAUUUUCGGAGGUGCUGUCUUUGUGGCUGUUAGGUCACGCGGAAAGGCGCUUCAGAUUUUUAAAACUCCUUUCACAACUUCAUUCAACAACCCUGGCUUCGAGCCUUAUCAUUCCGAUCUUAACGACGAUAACUCAGGAGGAGCUUCCUUCAGUAUUCCAGAACCAUACGAAGUAGCAAGAGUUCCAUCUUCAAAUUGCGAAAGACAGUUUCAGAACCUAAAAAAAUCUUUUUACAAGCAAGAGACUGCGAAUCCUCUUUAUUCCGCAAAAUGCAAAGAGGACGAUUCCCAAAGCUCGGCUGCCAAUCCAAUUUAUGACUUUAUUACAGAGCAACCGAGAAGUGGGGAUCCAAAGGGAGCAAGCACUGAAUCUAAUUAUGUAAGCUUGGCCAAACAAGAAAUGCAUCGCGAUGGCAACCGAAAUGAGGAACCACUGUAUGCUCAGCCAUGUAAAGUGGAACUUCGCUCAGCAUGUGGGUCUAAAUCUCUUGAAGCGCAAAAUGGCAACCCUUACGCCCGGCUUGGCAGUGGCAGUUGUUCUCAGCAGCCCAGGUACGGACCAGUUGGUCCUUCCAGUCCAAUUAUCCACCAAGACAACAACAAAGGUGUUGGUCCUCGCAAGGGUAUUUUCUCGGAGGAUCAUUUUUGGCCUGGAAAUACUGUGCACCCCGAAAAUUCCAAAAGCCAUGACGAAAAACCAGUGGCAGAUGUCAGCCGACCGAGGCCAAGGAAUACUGGUUACCCAGCAAACCGCCUGGCAGAUGAGAAUUGCAGUAAAGAGAAGAUAAAUGAUAAAGAGGAAGCCUUGAGUACAACUUCAAGGGACAACGAAACGCCUGUCUUACAUCUUCCUACUGAGCUUGGUCCUGAAGAGACCACUAUCUGAGGGUCUUCAAAAUUUACCGAACUAUUUUGAAAGACUCCAAUCGACAAACGCGCCAACAGUGAAAAUGACGUUUUUAGACUUAGAGUAAUCUACAUAAAGUUUAUUAGUCGCAAGUUAUGCCACAUUUCAAGAUUUAGCAAUUUUUACGAAUAUUCUUUUCUCAUGAAAAUUUAUAGUCAUUGAUUAAUUAGUGUAUUCACUGAUAAAUUUCAAUACUACAAUACCAUA